UUAAGUUAUGCGCAACCCUCUACGACUUUUCUAAUAUCUAGAUAGAGAACAAUUAAUCUAAUUUUGUUCCAUACUAGAUCUUCCAUUACAAUGGGUUUGUUCAGACAUAAAGACAAAGCUCGCAUUGAGCCGCCUCCAGAAGCUCCCCCAAUUCCCUCAGAGGAAGAAAAUAGGGUACUGAAUAAUCGCAAUAAUGAUUCUUUCAGAAGUAGCAAUAUCUCGAGCGCAGAUACUCGGAUAAACCAAAAUUCAAGCCAAAAUCCUGGAACUACGACUACCACUACAACUACAACAACUACUAGUAAGUAUUUGAAAAUGGAUCCGUCUAGUACUGAAGAAUAAUCUGACAUGAAAAAGCCACUACAACAGUUCAUAAUGAUGGUACAACACAAACCCAUACCCAUCCAUAUGACCCAUCUAUUGACCCUCCUCCUGCAUCCUCAACCACUUACCCAUCGAAUGAACCACCUCUACUUGCAAACGAAACUUCCCAACAAACUCAGACAUCCAUACCUCCAGAAGGGGAGCCUUCACUCCGAAGAAAUAGCACCGGUGGUGGCCGAAUCAUCCCCGAACGUUCACCACUCCGAAACUCCAAUCGCGUGCCCCCUCUUAUGCUAGACCAAACUACCGAUCCCCAAACCCCCAAUCUAGCAAACGACAUUAGCACGAGCACCAAUCCCCAUCCCACCAAUCCCCAAUCUAUUCCCCAAACCAACCAAAAUAUCCACAACCAAAACCUAACCGCAGACACGACUCCCGCUAACCCACCCCGAAUGCCAAUCAACGAGCAACAAAUACCCAGCAGCCCCACAAAAUCCAACGUCAAUUUCUCCCGUCCAGGAGGUAAACGAGAAAAUAUCGUGAAUGCAGCACGGGGUAUCCAUGGAGCAGGCGAAGCGCUAAGAGGAAGCGUGAAUUCGGCUAUUGCGGAGGGAUUUGGAGAUCAAAAGGAUUUGGAGCAAAAUAAAGUUAUUAAAGCGCAGGGUAUGAGAGAUUUUACCAAUAGUGGAUUUAGGGAGAAGGCGGGAAAUAGAUUGAGGAGGAGAAGUAGGGGGAUUACGAAUGAAAAUCGGGCUGGGGUUGUGGGGGAGAGGGUUUAGGAUGUCUUGUGCUUGCUGGAUUCAUUGGAUUGGCUUGAGAUGUAUUAGGAUCUGGCCACUGUGAUGUUUUUGAUUGGAGGGAGGAUUGAUGUGUGCGGAUUGGCGUUUGGGAUUCGUGGCUAACGGACUUGGUGCGUUCAUGAUG